ACAGAGCGGUCCAUAUAAAUAGUCACCUCGAAAGCCUCCAUGGAAACGAGCUAGGGUUUCUCUCCGUUGUCGGCGUCUUCAAUCAUCCCUCUGCGGCAAAAAUGGUCCAGGGAAGGCAAGGAGAGCGCGUCAGAUUGUACGUCCGAGGCACCGUUCUCGGAUACAAGAGGUCUAAGUCGAACCAGUACGAGAACACGUCGCUGCUUCAGAUCGAGGGAGUGAACACCAAGGAGGAGGUUGCGUGGUACUGCGGCAAGAGACUGGCCUACAUCUACAAGGCCAAGGUCAAGGCCGGCGGGUCCCACUACAGAUGCAUCUGGGGCAAGGUCACUCGCCCUCACGGCAACAGCGGCGUCGUCAGGGCUAAGUUCAGGUCCAACUUGCCUCCCAAAGCCAUGGGAGCUAAAGUCAGGGUUUUUAUGUACCCAAGCAACAUUUAAGUGUCUGCGAAUUACGAGGGAGUAGCUUCUCAAUUCAUGAUAUCUGAAUCUUGCUGCGUUAGCUUUGUUAGGAAUAGCAAGUUUUGUGUCUUCAAACAAUGUCAAAUUAUUAUGUUCUGAUGUAAGACUUGGAUUUUGAUGGUGUGGCUGUUUAGAUUUGUAGACCGCUGGGGAGUUCAGUAAACUAUCCUUUUUCCGAUUUCUAAUGAGCGUCUUGGCUGCUGGUUUGACACU